AUGUUCCCCUCACAAGUAGUUAAUAAUAUAGACAUUGAGGCCGUGAGCGGCAUCCUUGGCUCCAUUUCCAUUGCCUGCUGGGUCGUCGUCUUUUCCCCACAGAUCAUCGAAAACUUCCGCCGCGGGUCCGCCGAUGGCCUCUCCCUGCUCUUCAUCAUUGUCUGGCUGGCCGGAGAUGUCUUUAAUAUCCUUGGAGCGGUGCUCCAGGGCGUCUUGCCCACCAUGAUCAUCCUCGCGGUGUACUACACCCUCGCGGAUAUCGUACUGCUGGGGCAAUGCUUCUACUACCGAGGGUUCACCCUUUGGGAUGAGGUCGACACAAAGAAGAGCAGACCGGGGUCCGGGUAUGAUGAUUAUAGUACAGAGAAUGGCGAAAGACAUCAGCCGACGGAACGCACGGCGCUUUUGGGUAAUGGCAAUGGAAAUGGCCACGCCCAUACGAAUGGUGGGUACGCCUCACAGAUUUCGCCAGGAGAUCACCAGCCUCACCACCGCUUCCCUCACGUCGACGGGACCCAUCUGUCGCCUGCGACUCCCUUUGUCGACCCUUUGCCAUCGUCAUCUUCGGCUGCUGGCGUUGGCACUUCACGUCCAGCACGUCGUCUGUCAACCCUGCAGACCGUUGUUUUCAACACGUUUGCCAUUGCUCUUGUCUGCGCCGCAGGGGUGUUAGGAUGGUAUGUGAGCUCCAGCGCAGCACGCAGCGGUAAACAUCACAAGGACACGAAGAAGCCAAACCCCAAUGCCCUCUCGUUCGACAUCCUGGGCCAGGUCUUCGGCUACCUCUGCGCCGUUUUGUAUCUUGGCUCCCGUCUCCCGCAACUGUUGCUCAACUUCCGUCGCAAGUCGACUGAGGGUGUAUCCCUGCUCUUUUUCCUCUUUGCCUGCAUUGGCAAUCUGACAUAUGUGUUGUCCAUCUUCGCCUAUUCGCCUGUCUGUGGUGGUGCAGGACAGGAGGAACAGGCUCUAGCAUCAAAGAAACCGCGCUGUCAGCCCGGCGAGGCCGCUGCUAUCUACGGCCGGUACAUCCUCGUCAACCUGUCCUGGCUACUGGGCAGUCUGGGGACAUUACUGCUGGACAUGGCGAUCUUUGUACAAUUCUUCCUCUAUAGAAAGGAUGACGAUGAUAAUGGCGGUGACAUUGAAGAAGAGCAGGAAGAAGAUGAAGGAGACGAUGAAGAAUAUGAGCGUCGAUGA